CCCCAGACUUCCGGUUCCUGUCCUUGAAAUAGGGCCGCAGCCACCAUGGAGGAACCGGAGAUGCAGCUCAAGGGGAAGAAAGUAACAGACAAGUUCACUGAGAGUGUCUACGUCCUGGCCAACGAGCCAUCCGUGGCCCUGUACCGGCUGCAGGAGCACGUGCGCCGCUCUCUGCCCGAGCUGGCCCAGCAUAAGGCUGACAUGCAGCGGUGGGAGGAACAGAGCCAGGGAGCCAUCUACACGGUGGAGUACGCCUGCAGCGCCGUGAAGAACCUUGUCGACAGCAGCGUCUACUUCCGCAGCGUGGAGGGCCUCCUCAAACAGGCCAUCAGCAUCCGAGACCACAUGAACGCCACAGCCCAGGGCCACAGCCCCGAGGAACCGCCCCCGCCCUCUUCAACCUGAUCCCGGAAGAGACUUGGAGGUGCUUUGGCCCCUCUGACUCAGGCCACGGGCUGUACACACAGCCUCAUCUUACAGAAGAGGAAACUGAGGCUCAGAGAGGCGAGAGGCAGGGUCACCACCCGUGACCGGAAAUGCCAGGAUUCACACCCAGACCCUCUAACUCCCAGUGCUUCACCUCUUCCCUCAGCCUCGCCCAGGAUUUUCCUCAGACGCCACCUCAUCAGGGCUACCCUGCAGCCCUAGGGGUCUCUCAGACUUGGCCUUGACUCACCUCUUGCCCCCCAGCCCGACCAAAGCUUGGACCCUUGGACACAGCCUUGUGAGACUUGGCAGGGACAGAAGACCAAGUAAGUGUGGCCAGCGCAUUCCUCUCGCUCUUGCCUGGAGCCUCUGGGCCAGCCAUGAAUGUCCUGAGACGAGGCUUUGCUGCCUCUGGAUUCUCACCCGCCCCCACUGGCCAUGGACACAGCUAUGGCCCCCCGGACCAAUAACUGCCACCAUGACGAUCCUGAUCAUGCACCUGCUGUGUGCCCAGAUCUGUGCUGGGGGCUUCACAAGGGUCAUCUUUCAUCCUCAGCCCUAUAAGGCAGAUGUCACCCAAAUGCAGAUGGGAAAAGAGAGGCUCCGAGAGGUGGCAUUAUUUGUGUGAGAUCACACAGAGAAGAGUAGACCCCGGCCUAGUUUGGUCCCAGCCCUGCCUCUGACAUGCUAUGUGACAUGGGCCUGGCACCGACCCUCCCUGGUGCUACCUUUCUCCAUCUCAACAAGGAAGGCUGGACUGGACCUUCUCUACAGGCUGAGGCAGGCAUUCGUGUACCUGCCUGCCUGGACUGCAUUCUGCCUCGAGCAGGAAUGCCCACCUCAGGCUCAGGCCAUAAGGAGAAGCCACCCUAACUCCAGGGGUGGAUGUGGGACCCUGGCCUGGCUAGUCAGAGCCCCCCAUCUCCCAGGUGAUUGGUUUGAGAUGGGCAUGCGAUCCAAUGAGAGGUCUUCCCUGAGGAUUUUGCUGGAAAAGUACCAUCUUCCUUCUGGGGUUGGUGAGCUCAGCAGAUGGACCAGGGGACCUGAGAACAUUGCCUGGGGCCCUGGAUCCAGCUGUACCUGACACUAGAAAAUCUCAAUUCUUCAGUUUCAUGAGUCCCUAAAAUUACUGUAUUUGCCAAAA